GCCGCCAUGACCAUCUGCCACUUCUUCCUGCAAGGCCGCUGCCGCUUCGGGGAGCGCUGCUGGAACGAGCACCCGCACGGCUGGGGCGACGGCGGCGGGGGGCGGCCUCCUCCCCCGCAGCAGUACCCGGCGGCGCCCUCCGGUUGUAGCAGAGGGGGAUGGAGCAACAGUUCUCAGAGAUAUUCUAAUGUCAUCCAGCCAUCUAAUUUCUCCAAAUCCACAGCUUGGGGGGGCAGCAGAGAUCCAGGGAAGACAUCCUUUGGGUCCUUUGACUCAGGGGCAUCAAGUAGUGGAAGCAGAAAUGUGGGGUUUUCUCAGAAUAGAUUCUCUACACUGAGCUCUAACCAAGUGGAUGGGCAGAAAGAUGACGAGGAUAAACUGAUUGAAGGAAUAGCAAAAGACAUGGAGGUGUGGGAGUCUUCAGGGCAGUGGACGUUCUCUGUUUAUUCACCAAUGAAAGAAAAGCCAAAUAUAUCAGGUUUUACAGAUAUUUCACCAGAAGAGUUAAGACUUGAAUAUUCCAACUGUAUAACCAGCAACACCUUACAAAGCUAUUUAAGUUCUAUCCAGCAAUUAGUGAAUCUGUGGAAGAGCAGGCUGCUUGAGCUGAAGAACAUCAGUGCAGCAACCAGAGGAGCACUGCUUUCUAAACUGAAGAACGAAGGGGGUCAAGUGGCUCCCACCUUUGGAUUGCAUAGUCAGCAAACCUCCGCAUUUGAUUCAACAGGUUUCCCAGUGAACAGUAGCAGCAGUAGCGGCGCUCAGAAUUUUAGUUUUAAGCCCACUUCGGCCUUUGGUGCUGCCCCUUCUAGCAGCAGCACGUCAGUGUUUGGGGCUGCAGUGAUGCCGACCGCUCCGGCACUGACAGCUUCAUCUUCUUCUAAUUCGACUCUGACCACCUCUGCUCCCACUUCCUUUGGAUUUGGGGAGGCGGCAGCCGUCUCGGCAGCAUCUUUUUCAUUUAAAAGCCUGGAAGUUUUUAACUUUGGAUCAGCUGGGUUUUCAGGAUUUCCUGCUUCCUCUCCAGUAGGCACAGCAGGUGCCUCUGGCAGCCCUGCCUUUGGCCCCUCGGGCUCCGGCUCCGGGGCCACGCCGUUUGGACUGUCUGCCGGUGGCUUUGGGCAGAGCGGUGCCUCGUCCACCCUCCCAUCAUCCAGGGGCAGUGACACAGCCUCGGCCGAGCACUUAUUCACACCCAAAAACGAACUGACUGCCGAAGAACUCAAACAGUUUGUAGCAAAGAAAUUUACGUUAGGAAAGGUUCCUCUCAAGCCACCCCCAGAAGGGCUUCUGAGCAUCUAACAGGACCCUUUUUCAAUACAAGAGAGCAUGCUUUUUCAGUGGUCAUUUGAUCAGUGGGCACGUGUGAUGUUAACUAAGAUGUCCAGUCUUCGCACAGAAUUUUUUUGGCUUUGAAGUAUUUUAUUUUCCUUGGUUAUGUUUUCGUGUCCUAGGCCAGGCAGUUAGAAUCACAGCACAUCACCAUUAGGAGCUGGGGGCUUCUCUUAAUGUCAUUGUGAAUGGGACGACUGACUGAGUGUUAGCGGGAUACCGGGUGGCUUUGUCCUGGCCCCAACCACACACAUUCACCUCUUGGCACUGGAACUUUCAGAGGCUGCAUCCUGGUCUCCAGCCAAAAGAGAACGUGAUAGCCAGCUUACAAAAUGAAUGUAACAGGCCUAGAACUUUCCUUCAAGGUAAAGGGGACGUGUGUGAAGUGCAUGUUUAAAAUAGAACCUGAGAAGUUUUUAUUCCUAGGCAACAGUAGGCAUUUUUUCCUUCUCCCAAGUUUGUAUCCCUUUUGAUUUUGCAAAAAAAACCCCAAAACUUUCAAUCCUAGGCUUUGCCAAUUGAAUGACUUUCAGCAUUUGUAUGAUGACUUACAUCUUGAUAGCAGAGUGAUUGCUGUAAUCCUAAUUGUUCUCUGUGUCUUCUGAAGAACAUCCCCAUCUGAUAAAUGAAUAGUGGGAGAAAUGGAAGCUGUGACCUGCCCCAUGAGCUCAUGGCGAGUGUAUAAUGGGCCCAGGCUUCUCCGGUUCUGCUUGGGAGCCUUCUGUGCAGAAUUGUUGAACACAUUUGAGUCUCCUCUUUGUCCUCAGCCCAGGAGGAGUGGGCUAUUGUACCGUUUAUCCUGUGAAGGACUGAAGGCAAAGACCUGCAAUUACCACUUGAUAAAAUACAUCCUAAGUUGUCUAAUGUGGGAGUCUCAUAUGCCUCCUUUUUUAAACCUGGAGAGCUCCACAGCCAGCACUGGAGAUGGUAUGGCUGUGUACGUUGGUAUCUUUUGGAUUGGGCUGGUUUUUUAGUGGAAAUAAAAACUUUGCCUAGCAACUA